UUUUUUCUACUUGACUUUGGAGACUUACUAUCAAAUGUCUGACUUUGGACAUUUACUAUAACAUUUUUAGAAAUGUGAAUGAAUGUACUUUGAAGACAUCAACGUCCGCAAAAUUGCCCGCCUUCUACGCUAUGGCUUCUCAUUGGUCGACUCAACUGUUACCACAGUGAUACUGUAGCAACCAGUGACUGUAUGGUGGCAACCAAGUCAUUACUCCACCCACCUCGCCAUUCAACGCGCUGAUUGGUCGAGAUACGUUCUGUCCAAUGUUUGUAAAUGUUGGUUGGGUAAACGGUAACGUAGUUCUCAGCGCGCAAAUUAAAGGUCCUGCAGCCUUCAAAGUUAUUAAACAUUUACCUGCUGUGAUUUAUUUCAAAAGUAUCUCGAAAAAAGGACAGAAAAGAAGAGCCUGUAACGGUCGGGAUCAUUUCAAAACAGACACGGGAGAAAAUAUAGAAAUCUGUCCACAAUGGUCCUGAGUCAGAGUGAUGCGGCCAAGAGCCUGACCGCUGCCGCAGCCAAGGGAAAUACGGACGAGGUCAGGAGGAUGCUUGGGCCGGAAUGCAGAGUGCACCCCGAUACUGUCAAUCAAUUUGGAAAGACCGCUCUACAGGUGAUGAUGACGGGCAACUCCAACGUGGCCAGCUUACUGUUGGAGCACGGAGCCGACCCAAAUAUCACAGACCGGCGAGGAGUCUCACCGGCACAUGAUGUGGCACGCACUGGCUUUGUGGACACACUCCGGGUUCUGGUGGAGUUUGGUGCGUCAGUCAACAGGCCAGACCACACCGGCACCCUACCCAUCCACAUCGCUGUCCGAGAGGGCUACCGGGACGUCAUUGAGUUCCUUGCACCUCUCUCCAACCUGAAACACCCCAACACCAGUGGAGAGACAGCUGUGGACCUCGCCCGAGCCUCAUCGUCAUGUACACCGGACGUGGUAGAGCUUCUAGAGAGACAGCUGGAGUCUAAAGUGUUCUCUCACUCCCCACCUCUCCCUCUUUAGGAGUUAGAUGGACUCUACCACCAACCCCCCCCCCCCUCUAUGCCAAAUUGGAUGGUUCAUAGACUCCCCUUCUACACCUACCUUACCUACACUCUCCUCUCAACCUGGUGACUUGAAUUCAUUGAUGUAAAGUAUGAUUUUUAGUAACUGGUCGAGGUUGACUUGUGUUUACCGUCCUGUUUUGGCAGCUUAUGGAAGAAUAAGUAUGGUGGACAUUAUUUGGACACCAUUUUUGCACAGAGCAAAGCACCUUUUGAUGGUAAAUUUGACCUCUUCCCCCCCUUUGAUUCAGGAGUGCACACUUGUACAUGGCUUUAUUAUUGAGUAUUUGUGAUGACUUAUAUUACAUUAUUAUUCCUCACUGUGAAGGAAAUUGAACUGUUUGUGAUUUUUUUCAAACUUUGAUAUUUUGACUUGACAUGGUGUAUCCCAUGAUGACUGCAUUGCAUGGUAGUUGUGUUUAUCUUUGAAAACUUGUCUUUUAUUAGGCAUAUUUAGAAUUUUUGGGAAUUCUACAUGUAUUUAUUUAUUGAAAAUAUUCUUAUGAACUUUUUGUAAAUAGCUACAUUGUCGGUUUUGUUUUUUUGAGAUGUUAUUUAUAUACAAAUACUAUUGAAAAUGAGAAUUAAGUAUUCAUUCCUUCUUGGAAGACUGAAGCACAAAAUAAAGUGUUUAACUUGA